AAACGUAUCCAGUCGCCCGGCGCAUCCCCCUGCCGUUGCGCCUUCAACCCAAAAGCCCCCUGCGCGUUUCCUGCAGGCAAUCGUCACAGGAGCUUGUGCCUACCUUACCCAUCAGACAAAGUUCCACCUCUGCGCCGCCGACGUGGGCUCGCUUGCUGUCUGAGCGCUAUCCGCAAAGUAGCCUAUCCGGAUUCCGGACAUCCUGAUGACGCCCCGUCAUUCCAGAUCUAAGACAAGAUGACUCAACAUUCUGGCCCCGCGACCCUUCCGCGGGGCUUCAGGUGUCCCGACUACGAGAUGCCUAGGACGCCAGAGCCGUUCCCCCAGCUCGAGGAUGCUCAGAUACCUUCACCCCCCAAACCGCGCCUCAAGUUGAGGAGGCGCGUCGCGUCGCAACUCGCUGCGCCAACACAGCAAUUUUUAGCCUCUGUUGCUGCCGCCGACGUGCCAAUACCCAGCAUCGAGGAGCCGGAGAUCGCGUCCGACGACUUCGAUAUGAGCGGUCCUAACCCCUUCCCACAGUUUCGCUGCGAUGAGGAGGAGGAGGACUUGCGCUUCCUCAGGCCUCGGCCGAAGGGACUAUCUCCUCCAAAGACGCCAAUGCCAGGUCUCGAGCCGUCUCUACCACCGACGGCGUACCCCAAUUGGACGGUCGACUCUAUCAGCAGCUUGGAGUCGACGCCGGAGCCCGAUUAUGAGUCCAGCAGGCCUUCAACGUCGCGGUCGACGCAGACCAGCGCAUCCUCGUUCAGCCACUUUUCGCUUGCUUCGCACGAGGACCGCUCUGACACCUUUGGGCGCGAGGCAAAGGACGACGACAACUGCCUGCUCACGCUCCCUGAGGAUGCGCCGUCUCACCACCAAGCGGGCCCUAGAGGGAAGGCGAGGAAAGCACCGUGGACGAAAGCAAUGAGCGACCAUCUGUGGUCGACUUUCAUGCUGUACCUCCAAGAUCCCAAAGUUACCCCCUUCCGCAUGGGCAAAAGCGGCAUUCCACCGAGCGGGGUCUGCCUCCGCGUCGCGCGGGAAGCCAAGAGAAGCUGGAAGGGCUCCAAGGCUCUGUCCAAAGCAGCCAACUCGGGCGAGGGCGCGAAGAGCGGAAGUGCCACUCCCACGGCGGAGAGCUCGGGCACGUUUAUUCAGUGGCCUCACACCUGCGCAGCCACGCGCGCGCACUUGCGUGAGCUUUGCAGGUUGAAGGCCAGCUCCAGGGCCAACAACUACAAAUUUAUGUCGCGAAGCAUCACCCCCUUUAACCAAGCCGCUGCCCGCCACUGGAACCGGCGCUCGACGCCCGCUCGCUCGCCGGUCCCGUUUGCGACUCAAGACAUGUCCAUGUCACUUGCUCUCAGCACUUCUGAGAGCAUGCAACCCAACGGCCCGCUAGCUCAGCUCACAGCAUCAAAACCAGAACCUCCGCCAGAGCCAAGCCGCUCGCCGAUGCUCGCCGGACAGACUUUGGGCACCUUCGACGACGAGCCAUCUUUUGCUGAGCGCCGCCGGCUUGGUUCGCCGUUCGGCUCCAGCAGUUACGGGCCCAGCUCUUCCGGCUCUCUCGCCGCUGUUCUCGGCCUGAGCGGCUCCAUACCACGCAGGCAGUCGCACACUGUCGGGCCGCGGCGGACCCUGCAAUCACCUGUGCGCUUGAGCAGGUCAGGGACGCAGAAACGGCGGCACACACAAUCUGGUGCCCCGCGACACCGGCCCAGCAUCAUCUCGGAUCUGUGGCUUGAUCCACAUACUAUCAACGCAGCGACAGCGGCAGCAGCGGACACAACGGCGAUAAAGGAACCCAAAUCAGCCACCCUACCGAAUUACAACGGCGAUACAUUUAUUACACCGAGAGCACCGCCGGUGCCUGCGCUCACAUCGUCGAUCAGUAUGCCGAACGUGGGCGCCCAAGUCGACGUGUCGGCCCUGCCCCCACCGCCUCGGCUGGGCUCCCCUUUUACGGCCGAGAGCUCCAGCUUCAGCUUCCCCCACAGGGUGCACCGUAUGCACCAGGGCGGCAGCAUCGACCUUGGUGUCCUCGGCCGGCCGUUUGCGACAGUGCAGGAACUGUCAAGCGAUUCCGGCGCAGGCCUCUCGCGAAACAACCUGGCCGAUCGCCUGGCCUACAUCGACCAGCGCCUCAAGGAGCUCCGACAGAAGGACCCAAGUCACCAGUCCGAGCCCGCCUUGUAGCAGACAUCUUGGCCGCUUACCUACUCUCGAUCUGCGUUUUCUUUUGGGUAUAUCCCUUUUCUUGUAUGAUUUGACCUCCCGCCUUUGUGGUGAUGAGUUCCGAUUUGGAACAGCGCCC